AUGGACGAUCACCAGAAGCCGGAAGCGGGGAGCGUUAACCUAUCACAGACAGAUGUCCUCGGGCAUGUCGUCGAUUAUUCAAGAGCGAAAAGAGAGUUCCUAAAGGAUACCUCAUCGGACACUUCAGACGCAAAAGACCACUCUCGGAAGAAGAGAAAGGUUCAACCUGAGGAUUCCGAACGUGGUAUGCAAGACGGUGUUGCAGCGUGCAGCAAUGUGUUCAAUGCUUCACCGACCGGCAAUGAUGAUGAUAUAACGCAUUCAAAUGCCGAUCGAAAUCAUAAAGGCAGUUCAAACGGAACGAAUGCCUGUUUAAAGAAAAAUGAGAAACCUCUCUGUCCUAAGCAAGAUAAAACCGAUGACCAAGAAACAGAAAACUACCAUGACGGUUUCUGUCAUAUAACGAUCCCUAUCACCUAUUUUGGGCAGACAGAAGAGGAAAAGAUGGAAAAUUUCAUAAUUGGAAGUGACUUUAUUGUCGAAAGGGGAGUAAUACAUUUUUGGAGAGUUGAAGGAAAGAAGGACCUAGCACAUUUUAUGUUGCUACCACUUCCUCGUCUUGAUUGGGGGAUCGGCGAGGAUCCAGAACUCGGUCUUUACGAAGGGCCUCUUCUGACUAUGGUGGAGAAACGGUGGCCAAAGAAUAAGGGUGAUAAAGUCAUGUGCGUUGUGGAGAAGGUGAUGCUUACAAAUGACGAGUUGGAUGAAUAUAUCGUGAUCGAAAAUCCAGACCGAAUAGCUACUGCAAGUGGUAUCUACGCAAUCGUAGACAACGGUGAGGGGUCUCAUCUCGCAUAUCACAUUGCAAGCGCUUCACGGAGUAAAGGCUCUGCCUCCCUCUCGAGUCUCGGCGUUCGCAUAAAAGGACCAUUCAUAUGCUGGGUCAAGAACCCAAAAGCAUCAGGUACAGAUAUCGAUAAACCAUGUCUUUAUUGGAAAUGGUUGCAAGAGGAAUUUAGGGGCUUAUUAUGGACAUCCUUAGUACAGGAGCAUUUGGUUAUGGAAGGUACUGAAAUUCUGCUUAUUCGUGGAAAUCCGAAGAAUGAGAAAGUCAAAGAGGAUAACUCAGAGGAGGAAUUGAAUGAUGCAGAAAUUUCCGCAGAAUUUGAGAAGGAAUUGAUUGAAUUAGAUUAUGCGGGUCUCGAUAUUGCACCUUUAGAGGACGAUCAUCCCGUCUUCGAAUUCUUCAAGACUGCAAUAGAUGAAUUUUCUAUUCAAUGGUACCCUUGGGAAUGGAUGCGCCCUACGUGAGCAUUGGUAGCAGCGUAACCUUUGUAUACAUUUCUGCAGUUUUCCCGAGUGAUUUGGUGUUUGAAUAGUGAGGGCGAUGGUAGAAAUUUGAGGUUGGCACGGAUUUCAGCAUGGCGUUAUUAGAGCUGUAUAACUGAGGGGUAAUACCAGAUUCGCGGAUAGAUUAUCUUUUAGGGGAAUACAUGAUGCGGCUGGCUUUAUGCCAGCACAGCUCUAUGUGGCGUGAAAGAGAGUGAGGCGAACAAUCAGAGGAGGACAGCAUACAUUACAAGCAAGCAUAGAUUAAAAACAGUGUAGACAACACAAAAACCAUUGCCACUA